AUGAGUACGGCGUGGAGGCAGUCGGAGCACCAGCAGCCGACCCUUUCCAGCCUGUCGAAGUUCCGAGAGUUCCUCGGUGGCACCAAAACAAUUGAGCGGCUCCUCAUCGCGAACAACGGUCUUGCGGCGGUCAAAGGCAUUGACUCCAUUCGCUCAUGGCUGUACGAACACAUCGGAGACCCUGAGGCGAUUGAGUUCGCGGUGAUGGCGACGCCAGAGGACCUGCACGCCAAUGCGGAGUUUGUCUCUCUCGCAGACCGCAAUGUCGCGGUGCCGGGCGGCCCCAAUUCGAACAACUACGCCAACGUGGACCUCAUCAUGCACACAGCGCUGCAGAACUCGUGCGAUGCCAUCUACCCCGGCUGGGGCCACGCCUCGGAGAACCCGGCGCUGCCGCGCGAGUGCGUCAAGUCACAGAACAAAGUCACUUUUCUUGGCCCCUCCACUGAGGCCAUGUUCACGCUGGGCGACAAGAUUGCCUCGACGAUCGUCGCACAGUCGAAUGGCGUGCCGACGGUGCCAUGGAGCGGCGACGACAUUCGCCUGCCGCCGGGCACCUUCGACGUGGACCCGCUGGUGUAUGAGAAGGCGUACAUCACAACGGCGGAGGAGUGCGAGGAGGUAUGCGUCCGCAUCGGCUUCCCUGUGAUGAUCAAGGCGUCGGAGGGCGGCGGCGGCAAAGGCAUUCGCCGCUGUGUGCGCAAGGAGGACGUCCGUGAUAUGUUUGCCGCUGUGUCGGAGGAGGUGAAGGGAUGCCACAUAUUCGUCAUGCGCAUGCUAGAGAACGUACGCCACCUCGAGGUGCAGUUGCUCGCGGACGACUACGGCGACUGCAUCGCGGUGCACACACGCGACUGCUCCGUGCAGCGGCGGCACCAGAAGAUUAUAGAGGAGGGCCCCGUCUUUGGCGUCGACGCGGCCAUCGUCACCGCAAUGGAGGAGGCGGCGAUACAGCUCGCCAAGGCGGUCGGCUACCGCGGCCUCGGCACCGUCGAGUACAUGUACGACAAGGUCACGCACACGUUCUUCUUCCUCGAGCUCAACCCGCGCAUUCAGGUCGAGCACCCAGUGUCGGAGCUCAUCUCCGGCGUCAACCUGCCGGCCGCGCUGCUGUGUGUCGGCAUGGGCGUCCCGCUGCACCGCGUGCCGGAGGUGCGCACGUUCUUUGGCGAGCGUCCGUACGGCACGACGGCGAUUGACUUCGCGUUCCGCCGCGGGCUGCUGGCGAAGGGGCACACCAUCGCCGUGCGCGUGACCGCGGAGAACACCGACGAGGGCUUCCGGCCCACCUCCGGCCGCGUGGAGGAGAUCACAUUCAAGAACAGCAAGGAGUGCUGGGGUUACUUCUCCAUCGGCCCCGGCGGCGAGAUCCACCAGUUCGCCGACUCGCAGUUCGGACACAUAUUUUCCUCGGGUGAAACACGCGAGGACGCGCGUCGCGGUAUGGUGAUGGCGCUGCGCAACCUCGUUAUUCGUGGUGAGAUCCACACAUCGGUGUCGUACGUGCUGGAACUGCUCGAGCGGAAGGAGUUCCGCGACUGCGACAUCAGCACCGCCUGGCUCGACGGGCUGAUUGCGGAGCGCGCUACACAGAAGCCGCAGCAGCAAGAUGUACACCUUGCCCUCAUUGCUGCCUGUACUUUUCGAAUGCUGCGUAACAAUGAGGAGAAUAUUGACAAGUAUACCGCUUUCCUCGGCGCAGGGCACGUUCCUUCGUCUGAAUACCUAAGUAACUGUCAAACUGAAACAUAUGUGAAUCGAUCCAAGAAGUUCACCCUCACGAUGGGCCUCACGAGCCCAACGGAGGUUGCCAUCUCCCUUAAUGGCAGCGUUGUCACGGUACCGUUUCGUAAACUCAAGUCGGGUGCCCUGCAGCUCACGAUUGGAGGUAAAACCGUCAUUGCCUACACGGAGAAGGAGCCGCGGAGUCUGCGCAUCUCCAUUGGCGGCAGGGAGACCACUUUUACUGGCGACAUGGAUCCGACGAAGAUCUGCUCGUCCGUCCCUGGGCGCUUUGUGCGGUACGUCGUCGGCGACGGCGGACACGUGGAGGAAGGCAGCACCAUCGCGGAGGUGGAGGUGAUGAAGAUGAUCCUGCCGAUGCGUGCCACGACGGCGGGAGUGCUGCACCACCGAGUGGCGCCUGGCAGCACCAUCGCCGUCGGCACGCUUCUCGGCGACAUCACGCCGGACGACCCGAACAAAGUCGCGCGGCCGCAGGAUGCGAAGGAGCAGUGGCCGGCAGGCCUCCUCUCUGAGAAGGACAGGCGGAUGGAGCGCCCGGACGGACUCACCCGCGCGCGGCGUGGAGCAGAGGCGCUGUGGAAUAUGUUGUGCGGCUACCACUUUAACGCCAUUCCGUUCGAGAAGCGGCUACAGUUUGCUUUUGAGAAUCUCUCCUCGCUUUGUCUCUCCUCUGUGGCGCUCAGUGCGCUGAAUGUCCCGUUCCUAUCGCCGGAGACGGCUGCUGCAGCGGAUACACCCAACGAAAAGCUCAAGGCAGUCGUAAACGCCCUCGUGGCGAACUAUAUCGCCGUGGAGAAACCAUUUUCCUCGCGCAGCCGGCAGGAUGCCAUCCAAUAUCUGCGCGAAACAAAUGAUAAUCCCCUGGAGGUCUACAAGCUGGACUUUGCUCACCACCAGCCGUGCCACCAUGACGUCAUUAAGGCACUGCUAGGCACCCUGGAGAGUAACAUGUUGCUGCUCAAGUCGCUAAAGGACACCCUCUCGUCUCUCUUGGAUUUGCGGUCCACCGUUGACGGCUCACUCACGCUACAGGCACGCUAUCUGUUGCGGCAGUGUAGCCUGCCUUCCUUCGCUGAGCGCAAGGCGAGCUUCGCCAAGAAUCUCGAGGAGGGCUCCUUCACAGACCUCAUUCAGGGAGGUUAUGGAAACGAUCUCUUGUGUGCAGUCAUCUUUGACCGCCAGACGCCGCACCUCGCCCAGUUGUGCCUCGAGCUGUACGUCCGCCGCGAGUACUUUGGCGAGGGCCGGGUGCGAAACCUCGACAUAUUUCUGCAGGACGGCUGCUGGUACGGCUUCUACGAGGUCGAGCCGCUGGAGGACCACGACCCGCUGCGCGCGGAGGAAGCAUCCUUCACAGACCCUGACAUCCAAAACGGCAUCGCCGAGAGCUAUGGCGCCGGCUGCUGCAUGAUGUUCCCCGACGAGCAAGUGCUUCGGACGAGGUGGGAGAUGACGCUCACCGACGUGCUGCACCACGCACCGCAUGAACCCGUUGUGUGCACCGUCUUCGUGGCGAUCAGCCGCCACCUGAAGGAGGAGGAGGCGGCGCGGCUCUGCCAGAAUCUGCUCAAUGACCACGCCGCGGCGCUGGGGCGGGAGGGGGGGCUUCUGCGCGUCACCUUCAUUGCGCACGGUGUCCCCGGCGGCCCGCACACCUUCACGUACAGCCGCAAACACGCGUGGCGCGAGGACACACUUAUCCGCAACGUUGCGCCGCUCUCGGCGCGGCGCCUCGAGCUGCACCGGCUGNAGCCGCAAACACGCGUGGCGCGAGGACACACUUAUCCGCAACGUUGCGCCGCUCUCGGCGCGGCGCCUCGAGCUGCACCGGCUGGCGAACUACGACGUCGCCAUGUACCCGACGCCGUUCAAGGAGGUCCACGUGUUCCGUGCGACGCCAAAGAAGAAGAAUGCGACGGCCUUCGAGAGCCGCAUCUUCGCGCGUGUGGGUGUCAGCCCGCGUGA